AGGAGGGGGGUGGGGGGAGUCUUCGAUAUGAUCAUUCUAAUGAAAGAUGGGGCAGCUCGUUUAUCCAAAAAAGAAGAAGAGGAGGAAGAAGAAGAAGAAGAAGAAGAAGGAGAGGAAGCUGCGGUGCUGAUUAAUCGUGAGGGCCAGCGGCGCGCGGCUGUAGCCCGUCCGUCACAUGGGAUGUGCGAGCUGAGCGCACAGCAGAGCACAGCGUAGCCCUCUCAUUUAGCGGAGCGGGGACACUGAGCGAGCGGUGAGCACAGCCCAGUAGAGCCGAGCCGAGUCGAAUCAAGCCGAGCUCAGCCAUUACAUAUCCGCUUCGGCACACGGCGCCUUUUAGCCACAUCAUGAGCUCGUCGCUUCCCAAAAGCGAGUCCAGAACCUCCUUGCUGAGGACAGCGGCGGCUGGCAGAAGGACAGCGUCCCACACCGAACCUCCAGCCCCUAGCCGAAGGAGUCACGACGGCGGACCGGGACCAGGAGCCAGAGAACCGUGCUGGCCGCCCGGGGGCGACGGUAGCUCCCGCAGACCGCUGUGCCACCCGCGUGUGGACAGGCAGGACGGGGUGAAGCUGCGGGGCUACCACAAAAGGGAUGGGCAUCAUCACUCCGCUACACAACAGAAUCAACAGCAGCAGCUGGCGCCGCCGACACCUCCACCGGUUCAUCCAACGAGGGAAACAAGCAGCAGAGCUCCCCGGCAUCGGCCCAGGCACCGACAUCAGCCACCCGCCGGAUCCCCUUCCAGCUCCUCUCUGAGCCUCCUCUCGGACCACUCGGGGAGCUCGCAAACUGGGGACCGCGACGCGGGCAGCAGCUCAUCCAAAGGGGAGUGCAGCCUCAAUCCCAUCCUCAGCUCCGCGUUUGGACAGAUCCGUCAGGAUGAGAAGAGGAGCUACAAGGCUGUUCGGACCUUCGAGGAGGGGCCGACACCAGGCGCUUAUCAGGAGCCCCUUGUGGCCCUUGCCCAGAACUGCGCCCUGAUGCACAACAUUCUGGGACCAGCCUGUAUCUUCCUGCGCAAAGGCUUCGCCGAGAACCGGCAGCCUGACAGAGAACUGAGGCCAGAGGAACUCGAUGAGUUGCGGGAGGCGUUCAAGGAGUUUGAUAAAGAUCGUGAUGGCUUUAUUAGCUGCAAAGACUUGGGAAACUGCAUGAGGACCAUGGGGUACAUGCCAACCGAGAUGGAACUCAUUGAGUUGAGCCAACAGAUCAACAUGAACAGGGGAGGCCACGUCGACUUUGAAGAUUUUGUGGAGCUGAUGGGCCCUAAGCUGCUGGCCGAGACAGCAGACAUGAUUGGAGUUAAGGAGCUGCGAGAUGCCUUCAGAGAGUUUGAUACGAAUGGGGACGGGGAGAUCAGUACAGCUGAGCUCCGGGAGGCCAUGAAGAAACUGCUCGGGCAGCAGGUGGGGCACCGUGAUCUGGAAGAGAUUCUCCGAGACGUGGACCUCAAUGGGGAUGGGCAUGUGGACUUUGAGGAGUUUGUUCGGAUGAUGUCCCGUUGAGGACGCCUGGCCAUUAUGAAGUUGGCUGGUACUGACAGGGAUGGACAAGAGAACGAAUCUGGAAAAAACUGGCCCUGACUGAAGCAACAAGAGUGACCAAGGCCAGAGGCAUGAGCACUUUCUCCCCCCAUUCAUUCUUUCCUUUGCAUAUCCUGGGGACUCAGGUCACCCCAUCUGCUGAUCUAUUGCAAUAUCACAACUGACCUGGAACAUAUUACUGUGUGGUGUGCAAGGAGGAGGUAAAGGACACUUUGGGAGCCUCUGCCCUUCUGUGUGCCAGGGAGUGUACGAGUGUGAGUGUGUGUGCAUGCUAAACUUAGUGUUACAUGUGUAUUCAUCAAUAAAAAGACUGGAGGUGAGUGUGAGAGACAGA